AUCGGAUGGGGCUCUGCCUACCUCGUGCCCGCAGUCCUGUUUCAUUCAUUUCUUUUUCUAACUGGUCUAUCGUUUGUUGCAAUUGAUCAAUGUCAUUAUUCGUCUGUCAUUGUUGACUUCCGUCCACACUCAUUCUUUCUCUCUCAUUAAUGAAUACGUGGAAAAUUCUUUGUUCGCGUUGCAUCCAGGCCUAUAUAUCUCCCAUCCCUUCCCUUGGACUUGCCUCGCAAGAUCUAAAUACGAUCGGAAACUUCAUACGCAUCAAUAACCACGAUGGUCGUCCGUUAUCACUAUGACAAGACGGCACUCCAAUCCAUUACCCUGCAGCCUAUCUCCAAGCUUGCCCCCUUCUCCGCCCUCAUUAUUUCUAUAGUGCUGGUGGUCCUUUUUCUAGUGCGUUAUUACGUCUUGGAGGGAUUCCUCAUAAAGCGGUUGUAUGGCUCUAUAUAUACGAACCUGAGUGAAGUCAAUCAACGCGGAUUUAUCAACCACCAUAUUGCAGGGAUCACGAAGCUUUUGAUCCUCAUUGUCGCCGCAUACCCUUUCAUAGAGGUUGUCAUUGGGAAGUCAUCCUUCCAUACACCUUACGCCCCUGGCUCCCAGGUGAAGAUGGGCGACAUGCUGGUCGUGGUCGCCCAGAUGCUCAUCGGGAUGUACGCCUUUGAGCUCAUCUAUCGCACGAAGCUAUCGCCCAUCGCGGUGCUGCACCAUGUCGGAACAAUCAUGAUUGGUCAAUCCGCCAUAGCAAUCAGCUUGGAUUUGGCUCGGGAACCAGAUGCCGAUAUCGAGUUUGUCUUGUGCACGGUCUGGGGUGCCUUCGACAUCAUCUCUGAAUUCUUCCCUCACUUGGCUAUCAUCCUCUACCGCAUUUUCCCCGAUCGGCACCACUUCUUGAAGCGCCUCUUUCUGCUUUCUUGCAUUACCACAGCCAUCGGAACCACCUGCGAGACUAUCGUGAUCUUCUUCCUUUUCGGCUCUCUGUGGGACCGAUGGCAGCUUGCCUUCAAGGUCGUCACGCCACUACUCCAUAUUGCCUUCUCCGCCGCCCAGGUUCACGGCAGUGUUGUCUUCUGGAAGAUGUACAAGCGCCAAGAGCGGCUUUUGAAAGAAAAGUCCGGGCUAGAUAUUGAGAGGGAAGUCAGCCAUGAAUCGCAGGUUGGCAUCGUCGCAACAAAGGCUGCAGCGGUUUCUAGAUCUGCGGCUGCUAUGGUUUAGCCCUUGGUCCUGAGGUGUAUAGAUUGGCUUUGGUGUUCAAGGUGUCGUUGUAUGUGGCAUAUUGCCGCUCGUUUAGAAAACUUUUCUCUAUUUAUUCACGCCUAGACAUGUGACAUUUGUUCUAUACCCGA